AUGGACACGGCGUGGAGGGAGCUGUUCUGCAGGACGGAGCGGCCCUCCUCAGGUACGACCACAGAGACAGCUGCACGUCUGAUGUUCAGGCGGUCUGAAGGGGGUGAGGAGAGAGGAGGAGGAGAGAGGAGAGAGGAGAGAGGAGAGUGAUAAUAAUAGAUGAUAAUCUCCUGAUCAUCAGUUGAUUCUUCUCUGAUGGUCUGACGUGUCGAAGCUCUUCUCCUGUCAGCUGUCGCUCGUUCCUCCUCCCCUUCUCUCUGUUUCUGUUUUGAUCUCCUCCUGUAACUCUCACCUGCUCCGUCUGAACAUGUCAGGAGCAGGAGGAGAAGAAGAGGAGGAGGAGCAGGAGGAGCAGGGCUGUAAAUGAACUGACAUGGAGAGUGUCCACAUCUGUAGGUCCUCAGAUGAUCUGGACCUCAGCCUGUGUGUGUGUCAGUAUGUCUGACUUCACACACGUGUGUUACAGACCUCUCUGACUCUGCAGCUCUCUCUCUCUCUCUCUCUCUCUCUCUCUCUCUCUCUCUCUCUCUCUCUCUCUGUCUGUCUGUGAGGAGGACACUGAUGAGUUCACGCUCCUCCAUCAUCAGUCGUCUUGCAGCUUGUUCAGACAUGAAACAGGAGUGUGUGUCUGUGUGUCUGUGUGUGUGUGUGUCUGUGUGUCGGUGUGUCGGUGACCUUCUGUCUCUCUGCAGAUAACAUCGACGUAGCGGGACGAGUGGUCCAGUAUCUGGCCGGUGCCAACGUGUCCCAUCAGUUCCCCAUCUCAGAGGCCAUGCUCACCUACAAACAGAAGAGGUAACGGGGGGGGGGGGGCAGUUUCAGUCUGAGCAUGCUCAGUCUGCACCUCUCUGUGCUCUUUGUCAGCAUGUGUGUGUGCGUGUGUGUGUGUGUGUGUGUGUGUGUGUGUGUGUAAUCAUGCAAAAGAAAAACUGUUUUACUGAAAUAAGGAAUCAGAUGACAAACAAAACACGUACACAAACACACAUACAAAUACACACAUAUGACACACAAACACACAUACAAAUACACACAUAUGACACACAGACACACAUACAAAUACACACAGACACACAGACAAAUACACACAGACACACGUACAUGUUGUAGUUCAGAUCCGUCUUUUUCUGGAACAUUCAGGGACGUCUGUAAAUCUAGGCUCUAGUUGUCUUUACUGUCUGAGUAUAGAUCUAGCUCGAUCUAGAUCAGACUGACCUUCAUGCAGAGGAACCAGGUUUGGACUGAUGAGGAUUAGAUCGAGUAACUUCAGUCAGUCCUACAGACACAGCUGCACUUCUACAGACUGUCUGUGUGUCUGUCUGUGUUUGUCUGUGUCUGUGGUUAGGUCUGUAGGUACUAAAGAAGACAUCUCAUCAUUGUGAUGCUCUUGCGUUCCUGUCUGUUUGUCUGUCUGUGUCUGUCUGUGUUUGUCUGUCCGUCUGUGUCCUGUCUGUGGUUAGGUCUGUAGGUACUAAAGACGACAUCUCGCCGUUUUAACGCUCUUGCAUUCCUUCUCCCCCCUUUUUUAUUUGCAUUCAAGGAAACGGAGUUUGUAUUUUGAUUUUUACAUCAGGUACCUGCUCCACUCUUUACUCUUGGUUUGGCCCUCCGUGUUUCCUCUCCCCCAUCCAGCCUGAGCUCCUCCUCCUCCUCCUCCUCUUCCUCCUCCUCCUCCGCUGUGUCUCCACAUUUCCCUUUUCACGUCCGACUCUCACUCUGACUCACUCUGUCUCUGGUUUGCUGUGAUCUUUGGUUCUUGGUUCUUCCUCUGUGUUGUUGCUGUGAAUUUUUGCCUAACAACCUUCAAAAACCACGAGUUCCUACAGAAAGGAGAUGUUUCUGCUCAAAGGUGAAGGUCCGAGUUUUUAACACCAGAACUUAGAGAACAGGAGAUUCAGAAGGACUGAAGCAGAGCGAACAAAAACAUCUCCGCUCUUUCUGCUGCCCCCGAGUUUCUGAGUUAGUCGACUCUGAGCUUCUUCAUUAAGGAGUAGAGUUAGAAAACAUAGAUGCUGAGGACAGUUUUGAUGGACAACCCCAGAGUAGGGCCGGGCGAUAAAACGAUAACGAUAUCUAUCAAAAAUUAAUUUACCUCGAUAUUGAUAUAAAACAUGAUCAAUAUCCUUUUCAAUAGUCAUCAUUCUGACAUGUUUUGGUCGACUAUACGAACAGCCAAUGAAAAGGGGAGUUUCUCCGGGUCUGAACCAAUCAUGUUCUGAAUUAGAACCAAGUAUCAACCAACUGCAGCGUCGUAGCAGACAGCAGCUCCACCCAACCAUAGCACUUUAACAGGUGAAGCCGACAGCACUGUUGGUGAGAAACAAAGAAAAUGAGUGCUACCCCCGACAGAAAUGACCAUGAAGGCUCAACAGAUGACCACAUCAAUGUCAACCACAACACUGGCGUUAGGAAAACGUCGGUGGUGUGGAGGUAUUUUGGUUUUUGGAGGUCGGACAUGAAGCAGAGUAAUGUGGACUGUAAAUUAUGUCGAGUACAUGUUCUCACAAAGUCGGGGAAUACCUCAAAUCUUUUUCACCACCUGAAGCAGCGCCACGCCGCAGAGCACGCGCAACGCAAGAGGUUAUAAACCCCGAGAGGAGCGGUCGUCUGUUUCCAUGGCGCCUGAAACAGACGACCAUUCAGUCGGCUUUCUCUAGAGCGACGCCUUACGACAAAACGCCAAAGAGACACAAAGACCUCACAGAUGCAGGAGAUUAUAGACCAAUAAACACUUAACUUUAGGGACCACCUGAAGAGGGCCGUCCCCCUUAAGGUGGUCCCUUUACAGAGGAGGAGGAACUUUCCCGGAUCCCGAACAGUCCAGGUUCAUGGUCAGCUGGUGGAUCUUGGUCCUGGUUCAGUUCAGUGGAGCCUGCAGGUCUGUAUCUGCCCCAGGAAGGAUCAGGGAGAACCGGGUCUUGUUGGUUCAGUUUAGUGGAGUGAGGGAUCGACCCGACCCCUGUCCCUCCUGGUCUGACUGGUUUGACUGGUCCCCCCGUUGCUGUGAUGUUUGUGUGUGUUUCCUCUGAUCCUGAAUCAGACUGAGAGUUUUAGAGCAGUGAGGCGCCUCACACUACAGAGCGGUCCGGGCCCAGACCUCUUCCCAGAGCAGGACUCAACCGUUUCACUGCCACUAAAAAUAGAUGUGUGUGAAUUUUAAAAUGUAUUUAGGGUCACAUGUGCGAAUAAAAAAACAAUAAAUGUGUUUUUUCCUGUAAAUACGGCGGUGAAGUUAGUUUCAGGUUGGAUAUAUUUUCCUGUAAAUACGGCGGUGAAGUUAGUUUCAGGUUGGAUAUAUUUUCCUGUAAAUACGGCGGUGAAGUUAGUUUCAGGUUGGAUAUAUUUUCCUGUAAAUACGGCGGUGAAGUUAGUUUCAGGUUGGAUAUAUUUUCCUGUAAAUACGGCGGUGAAGUUAGUUUCAGGUUGGAUAUAUUUUCCUGUAAAUACAGCGGUGAAGUUAGUUUUAGGUUGGAUAUACUCUCCUGUAAAUACGGCGGUGAAGUUAGUUUCAGGUUGGAUAUAUUUUCCUGUAAAUACUGCGGUGAAGUUAGUUUUAGGUUGGAUAUAUUUUCCUGUAAAUACGGCGGUGAAGUUAGUUUCAGGUUGGAUAUAUUUUCCUGUAAAUACGGCGGUGAAGUUAGUUUCAGGUUGGAUAUAUUCUCCUGUAAAUACGGCGGUGAAGUUAGUUUCAGGUUGGAUAUAUUUUCCUGUAAAUACGGCGGUGAAGUUAGUUUCAGGUUGGAUAUAUUUUCCUGUAAAUACGGCGGUGAAGUUAGUUUCAGGUUGGAUAUCUGACGGACAUUCUCUGAGGAUCUACCGGUGUCUUCUCUCUCUCCAUAACCGGGAAUAACAACAGCAGCGCGGUUAAAUCUACUCGACACCCUCACUGUCAACGUCGGUGUUGAAUAAGGGACCGUCAAUAAAUUACCGGUUGAUGUUCUCAGAAAAGGCUGUUUUCCUUCAAUAGCUUCACUGUCAUGUGACCAAAAGACCUAAAAUUGAUUUCUAAUAAUAGCACUAAGGUCGAUCAAUAAGACAAACAUUAAGUUCUUUUUGCUCCUCAGAACAUGUGAACAAAGUUAAAGACGAUCCCUGUAGAGUCCGGUUCUAGACGGACCGGUUCUGGUUGUAAGGAGCGGUCCUCCUCUCAUCCAUCUCAUCGUACCGUGACCCCAAAGACGACCCCAUUUCACCCACGGCUGCUCAUGUGCCACUCCUGCUGUGAUGGAGCAUGGAGCACGCCGUGUCAGCACGCCGUGUCACCGCCAUCCUCCCUCCAGGAUCACUGAGUGUUCAGAUAUUAACCCUCCUCCUCCUCCUGGUCCUGGUCCUGGUUCUGGUCCUCACAGCCUGUCUCCUCUCUCUCUUUCAGCCCCGAUGAGGACUCCUGUCAGAAGUUCGUGCCGUUCAUCGGGGUGAGACUUUGGUUCCUCUGCCCCGUUUGUUCUUCUUCUCUGGUUUUUGUUCUCGUACUGAAUCCUCUCCUCUCCUUCAGGUGGUCAAGGUCGGGAUUGUGGAGCAGAGCCUCUCCACCUCAGGUGAGUCAGAGCUCCUUCUGAAGGUGUCCUGAUGGAGGAGGGUGGACCUCAGAACCUCCGUGUGGUUUCUUCUUCUUCUUCUUCUUCGGUUACUUGGUGAAGAUGGUCGUUUAUUUUUAGAGCCUUAAAUCUGAGGAUGUUCUCUCCUCCUCCUUUCAGUCGACUCUGAUGAUGCAAUGGGAGGUAACACCAGCAUCCUCUCCUCCCCCACUCCCCCAUCGGCCGGCCCGUAUGGAAAGGAGAUCGGCGGCACUCCCCCCCAGUCUCCCUCCGUGUCCACCGCCCUCUCUGGAGCUGGGUAGGUCGGACACCCCUGAGCUGACAGGUAGGCCCGUGUUUCUGCUGAGUCUCUGACCUCCUCCUGCUCCUCCUCCUCCUGCAGAUCUCCGUGCUCAGGCAGUGAGGUGAUGGGACUGCAGGUGGACUACUGGACGUGGCAGGGUCCAGAGAAGAAGAAGGAGGGCGAGAAGAGGGACGUGGGGCUGAAGAACACCCUGAAGAGCAACUUCCGCUCUCUGCAGGUCAGCCGGCUGCCGUGUGGAGGAGAGCUGACCCCGCCCCCCAGCAUGGCCAUGACCGUGGUCACCAAGGAGAAGAACAAGAAAGGUAGGACAUGAACGCCGUGAGGUUAACCCUCGCUCAGACGUUCAGGUGUGACCUCUGUCUCCUCCUCCUGCAGUGAUUUUCCUCAGUAAGAAGCCCAAGGAGAAAGAGCUGGACUCUAAGAGCCAAGUGAUCGACGGCAUCAGCAGACUGAUCUGCACCGCCAAACACCAGCACACCAUGCUGAGAGGUAACACCGCCACCUGCUGCUCAUGUCGGGAACUACAGCUCCGAUUUAGACACAACACUUUAACGGGAGUUUAAAUAAAAUACGAACAAAUGAGAGGAAAUUCAGAGACCGACAAAUAUUCUCAGAAUCAAACCGAGUCCAAACCCGGUCCAAGAGAGUCCGGUCCAAGAGAGUCUGGUCCAAAAGAGUCCAAAAGAGUCUGGUCCAAGAGAGUCCGGUCCAAAAGAGUCAGCUGAACGUAGAAAUAUGAAAGAAAUCCUCUGAGCGAGUCUGAGUCCAGCUCAGCUGAAGUUAAAGUGCAGGGACUUUAACGAGACUAACACACACACACACACACACACACACACACACACACCAGUUUGACUUUAAAUUCAUGUGUUCAUCUCUCCUGGGUUAGGGGGCGGAGCUUUUGUAUUUCAGGUUUUGAAUUUUAUGACAUGAGGUCGUUAAGUUUUUAUCUCAGGUCAAACUCAGGUUAACUUUCAGGUUUAAUUUCAGGUUUACUUUCAGGUUAACUUUAGAUUUAAUUUCAGGUUAACUCUCAGGUUAACUUUAGGUUAACUCUCAGGUUAACGCCCAGGUUUACUUUAGGUUAACUCUCAGGUUAACUUUAGGUUUAAUUUCAGGUUAACUUUAGGUUAACUCUCAGGUUAACUUUAGGUUUAAUUUCAGGUUAACUUUAGGUUAACUCUCAGGUUAAUUUCAGGUUAACUUUAGGUUAACUCUCAGGUUAACUCCCAGGUCCAUGACGCCGUCCUCCGUCUCAGUCACGUCUCUGUUUCCUCCUCAGUCACCAUCGAUGGCGUGGAGUGGAACGAUGUCAAGUUUUUCCAGCUCGCUGCUCAGUGGCCGACACACGUCAAGCACUUCCCGGUGGGAAUCUUCGGUUACACGAAGCCCGUGUGA